GUAUCUAUAUGCAUUAGAUUGUUAUGGUUUUUUUUUUAAAUAUAAAUCAUAUGCGUUAAUGGCCUUUGCCCAUGUAUGGCUUGCUAGGUAAUAUACCCGUUUCAAAGCGCCAGGUUAGAGCUUAGUGUAGCCUGAGUAAGGCAUCCCGUGUAGAACUUUUACAUAAUUCAUUGUCAUUAUUUAUUCGUAACUCGUCUAUUUCAACCAAUUUUUGAACUUCCUCUUACUAUACCCCUUGUCUCCAUACCACCUAUCCAGGCUUCCUGUGUCCCAAUCAUGCCUACUACUCCUGUCACUCAGCAGCCUUGACCAUCGAUUUGAUGGCUCAAAGACAGAAGACUUUCUCUUGCGUCUCCGUCGGAACAUAUCCUCCGGUGGAAUGGCUUCGACGACUCUAGGACUAAGAGCGAUUCUAGCAGGAUAAGAUUUUAACGCCGAAGGUGCUGUUGUCUCCUCAGCCCGAGCCGUGUCCAACAGAGGACUCUCAGGUGGACUGAUAUCCCUAGGAGGAGGACUGUUGCUUCUGCUGCGACUGUGACUUCCGCGGUUGCUCUUAUAAUAUCGGGGAGAAGUCUCGCGACGUUUGGCACGGGGCUCCGGGCUAUGGCUUCGGCGGGGAGGACUAGGGCUAGGCGGACGCGGACUCAAAGCCCAUUGUGCCUUGUCUCUGUAGUCGUUUUCCUUGUCCUUGAAGUCAUUCCCUUUAGAAGACAUCUCAGGUGGCGAUUUGGACCUCUUUUCGCGACGGGAAUAUGCUUUUUUGGGUCCCGGGGGCAGCGGACCACUUUCGUCACCGGGCCGGGUCACGUAGCGAGUCUUCUUGAUGCGUCCAUCAUCGUCCGGCGAAGCGACAAUAACAAUCAAGUUGGCGAAAUCACCUUCCUUGAACAUGACAUGGACCUCAUCCGAGCUGGAUAUCGGCGGCAGUCGCCAGAUACGGUCACCAGAAGGAAUGGGAUUGUUUUCCUUGGGAACGUCCAUAUCAAGUUGUGGCCGAGCCGUCAUCAUGCAGAAGAGUUGGCACAGUAGUGUUGGGUCACUCUCGGGUGUUUCUGAGCGCCAUUUCCAGCCGGGAUAAGGUGAUUUCGUAUCUUUGGAACAAAAAGCCUCCCAGUUGCGAUCCCAGAUACCCAAGGCUUGCCACCUGCUUCGAACACGAGACGGCGCAGUGCUAGUGAUUUUGGCCAACUCUUCUUCAGGAAGACGCUCCAGGCGUAAGCUCUCUUCUUCAAUUUCAAGAUAGUAAGUAAACCAGGGGCGCGAGGAGAGGAAAGAAAGCCACUGAGCACGACUAGCGUCCGGUGCAAGAUCGGCGCGAGGCGUAACGGGGCGGUGCUCUCCGUAGCACAGGUCACGACGCGACUGGAGCAUUUGUUCCAAUAACUCCUUGUCGCUUCGAGAGUCAAUGCCGCUUUCUGGUUGCCAUUUCCACUCCCAUUUGCUCGCUGGUGUAGCAAAGCGAACCUUUUUCUUGCUCUUCUUUGGUGACUGUAUGUCCCAUGAGGGGUCCCAGACACCAAGUCGUUGCCAACGUAGUUUGACAAACUCUCGGGGGGCCAGUGCUUGCUCUUCAGGCGUAGCCUGAGUGUCCCACCAGAGCUUUAACCGACGAGCAUGAGGAGUAUCAGUUGUGAGAAAGGCCUUGAUGCGGCCUAUUUCGCUGAGGCAUUCCCUUUCAAAGCGGAAAGAUGGUGGAGCAAAUCUGGAGACCACGAAGUAAAGGUCCUCCAGCUCUUCGCUCUCCAAAGGGGCAUCUAGAAGAACUCGGUGCUUUGCAAAGAUUGCUUGUUCAUCCUCGCCACUCAGUAAUGGCGUUGUUUGAGGCGGAGCGGACCAUCGCUUAGAUGGAGCCGUAGGUUUGGAUGCUGUAGGUUGAAAGCGUUCUCGAAGAUGUGACAAGUUGUCCGGUGAAGAAAGUUCAGACGAUUCCUCCUCUUCUGCCGUAGAGCAGGUGGAGAGAGAUGCGACACUAGCUGGUCGUUGUUUGGGGAUGGCUCCAGGGCGGAAGGCGUUAUAGUUUAGGCCCAAACUGUCGACUCCUUUGCUUUGGGACUGGUCAAUGACGGUGUCUUCAUCUUCAGCACUGGGCCAGCGCUGGUGUGACUGAGAAUAAGAGUGAUUAGACGGCAUAUUUAGACUUGGAAGUUGCUGAUGACCAAGUGUAUGCUGUGUAAGUGCGUUGCUGGCGUCGGCCAAACAGAGCUACGGCACACGCGCAUUUUGUAUCUUUGUGUAGCAAAAUUAAGCGCUACAAGCUGUGCCAGCAAUGGUGUAUUUUCUCAAGCAUUUUCUAUAAAUAUCCUGCCUUGCAAUGCCUUCGAAGGGAAAUUGUAUGGGAAUUAACCGCCGAGAACGACCGACCCGGCGUUACGGUCCUUCAUUGCCCCUGGCGGGAACGCGGGCGCUAACAAACGCCGUGGUGGGGUUUGUGGUAAGGCGAGCUGUCGACCACUGAUUACGCGCCGACGGAUGGAAAGUCUGAAACGAGCCAGGGUUGUAGGAAAUUAGCCUCACUAUGAUCUGUAAAGCAGCCAAUAGGUCAUCUAAAGACGACACUUCGAGUUUUUGGGGUGGUCGCGCAAAGGUGGCCGCAGUUGGCCGGCGAGGCCGCAUAUGGUGAAGCAGUUUUUGGUUUCAGUGGCUGUUGCCAGGGGUGGGCGCCAUAAGUAGAGGGCGGGUAAGCGGUGCUGGAUUAUUCGCGUGACCAUGCCAUCGCAUAUUUCUAUGUGUAGGUGUACUGCGUGAGAGCACAAUUCUUUUGUCUACCUUGGGUUGUAGGCAUGCGUAGUCGUGGUCUUUGUGUUGGAAAUAACGAUACGGUUUGAUUUUCAGAUGCUGGACAGUGGCUGACUGCCUCUCCAUGAACCAAAAUGCAUAAACCGUUGCGUACCUGUAUGCCCCUUGUCAGAAAUACUGGCUGGUUGAGAUUGAAUCCCCCUCACUCUGUUUAGCGAACGUGCCAGCUACUUGCUUUCUAGCGCAGCGUUGGUGCACAUGCGUUUUUUGGGAAACUUUUCUUCCUUUUCGUCGGGACAAAUCGGGGGACGAUCCCAAGGGUGCAAGAGACAUUUCCCCGGAUUCCACGUCAGAUUGGCAUGUGCAGGCCGUAAUUAGUAUGUGCGCCAACUAAAUUAACAGUCUGGCCGUGGGACACCUCAUAUUCCCGUACCGGGCCGCCACGCGUUGUUGCUAGCUGCCAGAGAGAUAUCCACUAACCAAGGUAGAUGUGUGUGUGUGUCUAGCUGUGAGCGGGAACAAGGGUGUUAAAGCAAGGCAAGUAAGCUGGGAGAGUAAGCCAAUGAAUAUUUGGAUGUCGGGGACCAAGUUCAUUCUUCAAAGUAUCUUGAGGGUGUUUCCUGGGGCAAAAUUUCUUCUUCAGUUGCACGUAGAACAACUGGUACACCUUCGCGCAAAGAUAAAAUAUGACACAAAAAAACAGAGAGAGACACGAUUACUCCUUGCCGCUGCUCUUCCAGAAGCUCGCCACCCCUCGGUCGGUCUUAGCGGGGAAAGGCCAACCUUUUUUUGUUGAAUCCGAAAACCGGAAGUCCACUGUACCCACCGGAAUGCUAGAGCGCUUCAGUGGGCAAUAGUGCACUGUCGGACUGCUUAGUUCCCCAACCCAGCCAUUGGACCGGAAGUGGGUGGGCAACCCCAGCACGUGUGGAAUCUCUCGUCCUGGCUUAUCUCUUCUACUCCUCCUCCAUCCUUCAUCAAACUAGAUCAAUAGUCCAGUCUUUGCCUUUUCUUUCUGUCGCUGCGGUCUACUUGAUUUCUCGCUGCUGCUUGUAUUUUCUACCAGGCGCAUUGCUUCCGACGAUUCCGUCUAUCGAAUACUCCCCCAGUGUAUCAUGCAACUCCGUCGAGCUGCCCGCGUUCUCCUCGUUGGUGCACCAGGUGUCGGAAAGGGAACCCAGGCCGAGCGACUCUUGAAUCGCUUCCCCCAGCUACAGUCUAUUUCCACAGGCGAUCUCUUGCGCCAUAAUGUCAAGUCUCGCACGCCUCUCGGCAUCCAAGUCGAAAGCGUCAUGAAAUCAGGCGGUCUUGUAGCAGACGACCUUAUGCUGCGGCUGAUUUCUAACGAAUUGCAAAACCGCGGCUGGCUCGCCCGUCAAACCAUGACACUCUCCAUGGCUGCUGUACACUCUUCCCAUGACGCCGAACACCACCUGACGUCCUUGCGCGGUCAACCAUCGGAAGACCCCGCUGCUUCCUUCAUUCUCGACGGAUACCCUCGAAACGCUGCUCAAGCCCACAGUCUCGAAUCUAUUAUUCCUAUUAAUCUUGCAGUCUCGCUCAAAACACCCUUUGAAGUUCUCCUCGGUCGCAUCUCUGGCCGCUGGGUUCACCAGCCGUCAGGGCGUGUCUACAACACAUCCUUCAACAAACCCAAGGUCCCUGGCCAUGACGACAUCACCGGAGAGCCUCUCACCAAGCGACCGGACGAUACGGAAGAGGUGUACCGCGCCCGCUAUGACCAAUUCCAAAAGGCAAACGAAUCUCUCCUUGAACAUUACCGCCAAAAGGGUGUCUUGAUUGAAGUCGAAGGCAUGACCAGCGAUGAGAUUUCCCCAAAACUGUAUGCCGAAUUCGAAAAGCGCUUCGCCUAAGUUGUCUCAGAGCUUUUGUUAGAACGCACUUCAUAUCCAUGGCGAUUAACGACAGCGAGCGCUUGUUUUAUUACCCUUGUCUUUUGCUCAUUUUCUUUCUUUCUUUUAUUUGGGAUACCAGCCGCCACAACUUCAGGCGCAAUGUUGUAUGAUUAACUUUUUCGUCGCUCUUAUGCUCGCCUAUUGAAUCGGGCGCGCCGGACCUGUGAAUUAGGGGCGAGCUUUUCUAUCUUACAGGAAUUAAUAUCGGUUAUGUACUGUACAUGGAGUGAUGGGAACUACAGACCCAGUCGUUGGUACAGGUAGUUGGAAGGUGGAUGGCCAACAGUAUUACACAGGCGUAUAUUUUAUAGAUAGCCUUUUAACUGAACAGGUUGUAGAGCACAUCAAUCAUAAAGUUGGGCUCUAUAAUAACAUUCAAUCCGUUCAAUUAUACAAGUAUGUAAACUUCAUCUGAUCGCUGUAAUACAUAUCUUCGCCGACGGCGGUGGUGAUUUAGAUGGGAUAUAGCAUCUUCAUACAUAGUUAAUCUCGCCACUCCUCACCACUGCGAACACCCGGGGCUGCACUGUUGCUGCUGCCCUGAAGGGGAGUAUCCUCGUCGUCGUCGUCGUCCAGUGCCUUGGCCAGAUCAUCAGGAUCCUGCAUCCUUGCAUCAGGGUCCACCGCACCUUCAAUACCUUCGUCUUGCUCUUCAUGCUCGUCAAGCGUGUCAUCGGCACUAAUAGAGAUCCCGCGAGAGCCCCAGUUAGGGCGACCACCUCGACUGGUACCCUGACCUUCAAAGGCGCCACGCUCCUCGUCGAGAUCCUCCUGUUCAGCACGUCGGCCGAAAAUACGGCGCAAGAGCCAGCUAUGGCGUAGGUCAUCUGCAUCCACAACACCGCCGCCCCGAAGCUUGACGCGCUGGCGAGUGUAGUAGACCCAAGCAAAGUCAAGGUAGAGCAAGGUCUGGAUGACACCAAAGAUCACAGACACUGUUCUGACUGUGUGAUCAUCGGGGUCGAGCCCGCGGACCAGCCAGUUAAUGCAGUAGAAGCCACGAUAAAGUCCAAGAGCGAGAAGGUAGUAUGAAUCGAUGACGGUUGGGAUGGUAGUUUGACGGAGCAGAAGCAGUUGGGGGAGGAUGCAGACGGAUUCGAGAAUCUCGGAAAAGUCCCACAUCAACUAUGCUUCAGGUUAGCGUACUUUAUAUAAUUUCUUGAAUUGAAGGGAAUGUUUCCGUACCUUUCGGAAACCCCACGUGUUCUCGAAUAUCAUCAUUGUGAAGGGUGCUAAUGCUGCUGAGCCGACAACAACGACAGUGGUAAUCUUCCAUGCGAGUUCACGCUCGCGCGUGCGUGGAUACUUCCACUGCAUAAUGCAUACGGUGUAUAUCGACGAGGCGAUAAAGAUUAUCUUGAAGAUGACAUUCCAGGCUGAAUGCGUGGAGAAGAGGUCGAGGUAGCGGGUUAAAAAGACGACAGCGUAAAGCCCCUGCGAAAUGAGCGACACGCCCUCUGCGCUUUGGUUGCGGU